CUUACCGCCCCUUCCCCCUCCAACCCCACCACUCUGACCUCAAGACGUCUCAUCCUGGGCUGCCUCGCCCGUUGCCCCUCCACUGGGGCCCAUCCCUUCCCACCUCGACACACGCAGUGAGGUAUCACGGGUACCUAAGCUGCCACAACCCACGCUUUCCCAGCUCUGAGGUGAGCAGGAGCUUCCCGCAGUGCCGCGCUACCGCUCAAAGACCUUGGCAAGGUACCUGAAGGACCCCUCCACCCCUCCUCUUACCUUACCUUAGGUUGCUGUCCCCAAUCCGACCACCCGAUUCUCUGCGCAUCGCUCUCGCAUCUCACCCAACCGAUCCCCACAAUCUUUCUUAACACACUUCGCAUUCCGUUCAUAUCAACUCUUAAUCUUCCGAGUCCGAACUUCUGCAGCUCUUCAGACCCUCCUCUGUACAUUUUAUACCUUCUUCGGCUUGCCGGGAAGUCUCCAUUUCCAAUAACAAAGGCUUGUUUUGGCACAGCUUAUUCGCUCAUAGUGGGUUUGCCCCUCACCCCGCCCUUUCCGGGACACCACCUCACUCACAGCUCAUCUCACCUCUGUUCCAGCGAAGCCUGUGUAAACCAAAACACGUCUUGCACAACCCACGCUCUUCAUCCUGCACAAGCACAGCGUCAAUUGACUCGGCAACAUGUCUGGCUACCCAGGACAGCACGGCUACGGUGGCGGCGGCGGUGGUUAUGGUGGAGGAGGCUAUGGCGGCGGACACCACCAGCAGGGAGGUUAUGGAGGUCACCAAGGAGGCGGCGGCGGCGGCGGCUAUGGCGGAUACCAACCUCCCCCCGGCCCCCCUCCCUCGCACCACGGAGGCUACGGCGGCGGCGGUGGCGGCGGCUACAACCCGCCUCCCGGUCCGCCUCCCGGUCAGGGUGGCUACGGCUAUAACCAGGCACCGCCCAACCCGCACCCGGACCAGGGCUACAUCGGAAGGUAUGCACCCCCUUCCCAUCCUCCGCCUCCGGGCCUCGACGUAUACGGCUACCCUGUCAAUUCCGGCCACCAGGGAAGACCCCAUAUGCCUACGGUAAACUCCAACGACUGGGCUCACGGCAACCGAAACGCGCCCCCUCCCCCGCCUUCAGGCGCUCAGCAGUUCGGCCACGGCGCCCCCGAUGGCUACAGCUUUCAGUAUUCUACCUGCCAGGGUAAGAGGAAAGCCCUCCUCAUCGGCAUCAACUACUUUGGCCAGGAUGGUGAGCUGCGCGGCUGCAUCAACGACGUCAAGAACCUGUCGGCCUUCCUGGUAGAAAAGUACGGCUACAAGCGUGAAGACAUGGUCAUCCUCACCGAUGAUCAGCAGCAGGCCAUGGGCCAACCCACGAAGAACAACAUCCUCCGAGCCAUGCACUGGCUCGUUCAGGGCGCACAGCCAAAUGACUCAUUGUUCUUCCACUACUCUGGUCACGGCGGCCAGACUGAGGAUCUUGAUGGCGAUGAAGAUGACGGCUACGACGAAGUCAUCUACCCGGUUGAUUACAAGGAAGCCGGUCACAUUGUCGACGACGAAAUGCAUCUCAUCAUGGUCCGACCCCUUCAGCCCGGCGUGAGACUUACAGCCAUCUUCGACUCAUGCCACUCUGGUUCCGCCCUCGACCUGCCCUACAUCUACUCCACCAAGGGCGUUCUCAAGGAGCCCAAUCUGGCCAAGGAGGCUGGUCAGGGACUGCUCAAGGCAUUCACGGCUUACACCUCGGGCGACCUAGGUGGUGUCGCGAGCUCUAUCUUCAGCUUUGGCAAGCGCGCCAUUGCCGGCGACGAUGCGUACGAAAAGACCAAGGACACGCGUACCUCUCCCGCCGACGUCAUCAUGUGGUCCGGCAGCAAGGACAGUCAGACAUCUGCCGAUGCUACGAUUGCGAAUCAAGCCACGGGAGCCAUGUCGUACGCUUUCAUCACGGCUCUUAAGAAGAACCCCCAGCAAAGCUACGUCGAGCUGCUCAACAGCAUUCGUGAGGUCCUUGAGGAGAAGUACACCCAGCUGCCUCAACUUUCAAGCAGUCACCCCAUCGACACGGAUCUUCUCUAUGUGAUGUAAACUCUUCUGGUAUCCAAUACAGAAGGCAUCCCUCCCAAAAGCAGGGCACGCAAAGUUGGGAAAGCAGUGCUUUAAAGCGUAGGAAUGACAUGUGUCAUCCAAAUACAAAUGAUUCAUGAUGA